GCACGCGUCGAAUGGAUUUGUUCUAGCCAAAUACUGUACACGUUGUCAUGAUGUAGCGAGCGGAUUCAGAGACGGAAGGAGAGCUUUCUGCAAAUGGUUCUAACAUGUCGCAGACGUUUACACCGAGACGAGGGAGCCUGCCUGCCAAAAGUGUACAAAGGAGGACACCUCUGUCAGGUUGCAAAAAGGUGAACUCCCAUUUUAAAUCACCAGUUCAGACUGCCAGCACUCCACAAGCUCAGGUCAGUCCUCAGGAAGAGAUUGAAGAACUGAGGAGAGAACUAGACAGAUUGGACACAGAAAUUGAGCUUCUGGAGAAUGAAGGAUUUAAAGUGGAGGAGCUGAAUCAGCACAUUGAAUUACUGCAUGAGUACAAUGACAUCAAAGACAUUGGACAGAGUCUUCUGGGUAGAUUGGCUGCUUUGCGAGGAGUGACCACGCGUGACUUGUACAGUCACUUUGGCCUUGACCUGGAUGACUGAGCGACUGCGUCUUCAGCCCAUCCUUCACUUUUACUAGGCUGAGGAUGUGCAUCUCUCAAGAUAAGGGUUGGAGAGAGAGGAGUGAGGCUUUUUUUUUUCUUAUGAUCUUUCAUCGAUGCUGCUGCUUAAAACGCACGUAUGGCGCUUAGAAUGUACACAUUUUGAACUGUGCAAACACAAUCUGACAUGCUUAGUGUCUGCUCGAUGGUGAUUUCAUUGAUGAACAAUCAUCUUUUUACAUUGGUAUUUCCAAAAUAACAUUAGUAGGCCACUGCAUAUUUCGUAAUCCCUGCCUUUUUGUGGAUGUGUCAUGGAAGCGCAUCUAGUUGCAAAGGUUAACAUUACUGAUGUAAAAUUGUAUACAUGUUAAGAGUUAUAACAUAGUAAUUGAUGUUAUUAUCUAAUAUUCAUUGUACCAAUAUGUAGUAUAAAGGUUUACACAAGAGAAAACUAAAAUGCUUUUAUAUCCAAGAUAAAAGAAGCUGUAUUUUUGAUUUCAAAGCUGAAUUUAUGUACACUCUCUUCCUCAUUUUGUAUUCAGACAGGGGACGUGGAAAGAUUUGUGUGUAUGACCAUGCACUGUCCACAUUCAUGUACAGGUCUGGCUAUACGCAUAGUCUGUUACAUUUCUGGUGUUUUCUUUUUAUUCUAAAAAGAUUUUGCAGACAUAUUUUUCAUUAA